AUGAAGAGCCGUCGUCGUCGUGCAGUUCCUAACGUUGAGGCCCCAUUUGCCUACGCACUCUUCGGUAGUGUUGACAUUCACGACGAAGAUUUCCUUAACUUCACUGGUGAAAAAACCACUACGCGCAAUGCUGAGAUCGUUGAAUUCCUGCGUAAUAAAAGUUUCGCACAUGGACGAGAUGCUGCCCCGAAACGGUCACCAUAUCUCCGUUUUCAGCAGCCACCUGAUGCUGAGAAUAUUGGUUUAAAUGAUUCUUCAAAGAAUAACAGUCUUGCAUACGUAGAGGAUGCCGCACAGCAUGUUUGGUUUAUUUCACAGCGUCAAGGUGGUGCCACGCCAUUUGCCCGUAAUUUUAUCACAUCCAAUCAGUUCCUUCAGUAUGCGGCGCAACACUCAUUGGAGUUUCCCACGCCUCCACAGGGAGGUUUAACUGCUGAAAAUGGAAAUACCGCAAGAGCGACACUUCCGAAUGGAGCAGCCAAAUGGGUGGAUAUCCAAACAACAGAUAAGAAACUUAUUGCUGAUAUUGUUUCCCGUUUUCCAGUUUCACAUGACACUAUUGACCAUUGUUGCUAUUUAGACAAUAUGGACAGUCUCCUUGCACACUCUGCACUCGGAUACUUCUUUUUUAACUUGAUGUGUACACCAAUCACUCCCGAAGAUGCUGAUAAUCGUUCAGGAGAGACAAAGAGUGUAAUGCAACGUCGUCUUGAUGCGGCUAUGGCAGAUCAACCGCGAUCUGCUGUCCCUGCUCCUGUAGCCGUAUCGGUUGUGGUCUUUCCAGAUUGGAUUAUUACAGUACAUGAGAAACCAUUUCAUGAAAUGGGUGAUUUGCUUAAAUUUUUACAUAUCAACUGUGGAAGUGCUGGUUCUGCCUCAACAAUGCGACGCUCAGUACAACCAUUAACAUCUCCUUUUAUUUUUUCCAGUUUAUUUCAAAUUGUUGUGGGGCAUCAAUUAGACAAUGUUUCAUUAACACUUACUUUGGAUCGCAUGGGAGACCAUGUAUUUAAGGUGGAAAAAGAAGCCCGACAACAGGAAGAAGUUGUACAACGUAUCGCUAAUGUACGACGCUGUUUUGGUGAAUGUGCAGCUGAGUUAACGAGACGUGAACAUAUUGUUUCAGUUUUGCUUCAACCACACAUGAUGGAUUCUUUUCUUACAAGCGAAAAAGUUGUUUGUCGUCAAUUGGAAAGUGCCAGAGCUCAUAUUCUUCGCUUAAGUGAUGAAGUAAACGAUUGUCGAGAUACAGUUGCCGUAACAAGUUGGUACCAUAAUGUUACACGCACGUGGAAAUUACUGCUGCGGGGUAACAAGGCACUGCGUCAGACGUUACUGCUUACGGAACUUACAAAUAUUAUGUAUCCCGUUAUCACCAUUCAGACGGUGUACGCGAUGAAUGUCCCUGUACCGUUUGAUAGUGAAGGUGAUCCACCGGUAGAAAACACCAAGGCGUUUUUUGUGGUAAUGGCAGUGUUGAUACUAUACCUGUUACUCUGUGGAAGGGCUGUGUAUACAUUGUUUGUUCGCAAGCGUUGGUCAACAAAGUUGCUAGCAGAGUGA